ACCAGGAACAAGCUAUUUGCAAAGUUGGUGCAAACAUUCCUGCCUGACAGGACCAUGGACGCGGGUUGUGGAGAUGGAGAUGGCUCUGGCUGUGCAUUCAGCAGGUUCUGCAGAUAGAAUUAAUAGGACUUGGAUGGGAUUGUGGUGAGAGAAAGGAAAAUGAAAGAUAAGUUCUAGUUUGGAAGCUUUAACAACUGAAUGUUUAAACUCAAAUAGACACAAAAUAUUGGAAGAGUGGCAGGUUUGGGAGGAUGAGACAAUCAACUGUUUGGCUGAGCCACGUUAGGUUUGGAGUGUCUACGGGACUCCCGUGGAGAGAGGUUAUAUCAGACUGGAGCACCAGAGAGAGGGCAAGGCUGAUAAUUUAGAUGACAAGACAGCAUGGUAUUUUAAGCCCUGAAACUAACUGGAUAAUGUCACCUGUAGAAAGGCUAUAUAGAGAUAAGAGAGGUGGGGAACAAGUAAAAGCUGCGGGAUACUCCUAAAUUUAGAGUCAAACUUAGAGCAGAAAAUACUAGCAAAGGGGACUGAAAAGAGAUGGCCAACUGAGAUUUAAAGGCAAGUGAAAGUGUGUUGUGUGCACAUUUAUCAUCUCAUGGCACAGGAAAAACGUGAUUGAAGGAGAAGGAAGAGAUCCAAUGGGUUCUAUAUCACGAAGAUAUUGAGAUAAGAACCAAGAUGGAUUUGCAGCCACUGCAUUUGCAGCCUUGAGGUCAUAAGCAUCCUAAGGAAAAUGCACCAUGAGUGCGAGCAAGAUGGAAACCAACUUCUCCACUCCUCUGAAUGAGCAUGAAGUGUCCUAUGAGUCUGCUGGCUACACUGUUCUGCAGAUCCUCCCGUUGGUGGUGCUUGGGGUCACCUUUGUCCUCGGGGUCCUGGGCAAUGGGCUUGGGAUCUGGGUGGCUGGAUUCCGGAUGACACGCACAGUCACCACCAUCUGUUACCUGAACCUGGCCCUGGCUGACUUUUCUUUCACGGCCAUGUUACCAUUCCUCAUUGUCUCUAUGGCCAUGGGAGAAAAAUGGCCUUUUGGCUGGUUCCUGUGUAAGUUAAUUCACAUCGUGGUGAACAUCAACCUCUUUGGAAAUGUCUUCUUGAUUGGUCUCAUUGCACUGGACCGCUGCAUUUGUGUCCUGCAUCCAGUCUGGGCCCAGAACCACCGCACCGUGAGUCUGGCCAUGAAGGUGAUCAUCGGACCUUGGAUUCUUGCCCUAGUCCUGACCUUGCCAGUUUUCCUCUUUUUGACUACAGUAACUAUUCCAAAUGGGGACACGUACUGUAUUGCCAACUUUACAUCUUGGGGUGACACCCCUGAGGAGUGGAACAAGGUAGCCAUUACGAUGCUGACAGCCAGAGGGAUUAUCCGGUUUGUCAUUGGCUUUAGCAUGCCAAUGUCCAUUGUUGCCAUCUGCUAUGGGCUUAUUGCAGCCAAGAUCCGCAAAAAGGGCAUGAUUAAAUCCAGCUGUCCCUUACGGGUCCUCACUGCUGUGGUGGCUUCUUUCUUCAUCUGUUGGUUCCCCUUUCACCUGGUUGCCCUUCUGAGCACCGUCUGGCUCAAAGAGAGGUUGUUCGAGGGCAAGUACAAAAUCAUUAAUAUCCUGGUUAACCCAACGACCUCCCUCGCCUUCUUCAACAGCUGCCUCAACCCCAUGCUCUAUGUCUUUGUGGGCCAGGACUUCCGAGAGAGACUAAUCCACUCCCUGCCCACCAGUCUGGAGGGGGCCCUGUCUGAGGACUCAGCCCCAACCAACGACACAGCUGCCAAUUCUGCUUCAUCUCUUGCAGAGACUGAGUUACAGGCAAUGUGAGGAUGGGGUCAGGGUUAUUUUGAGUUUUGUUCAUCCUACCCUAAUGCCAGUUCCAGCUUGAUGUAUCCUUGAGUCAUAUUGAGGCAUUCAAGGAUGCACAGUUCAAGUAUUUAUUCAGGAAAAAUGCUUUUGUGUCCCCAGUUUGGGACUAAGAAAUAGACAGUCAGGCUACUAUAAUAUUAGUGUUAUUUUUGUUUUUUUUUUUUUGACUUCUGCCUAUACCCAGGGGUAAGUGGAGGUGGGAAACAAGAGAAGAGAAAGAGUGGUGGGGAUUUGUAAGACUUAGAUGAGGUAGCGCACAAUAAGGGGAAGACUUUAAGGUACAAAGUAGAAUGUUUGCUGUAGGAUUUUUAUAGCUAUUUUUAAAAAUCAGACUAUGGAAGUUUUCUUCUGUUUUUAGUUUGCUAAGACUUUUCUGUUUCUUUUUCUUACAUCAUGAAUGGACGUUGCAUUUUAUCAAAUGCAUUUUCCACAUGUAUUAAGAUGGUCAUAUUCUUCUUCUUUUAUGUAAAUCAUCAUAAAUAAUGUUCAUUAAGUUCUGAAUGUUAAACUACUCUUGAAUUCCUGGAAUAAACCACACUUAGUCCUGAUAUACUUUAAAUAUUUAUAUCUCACAAGAGUUGGUUAGAAUUUCUGUGUUUAUGUUUAUAUAAAAAUGGACAGCCGGGUGCAGUGGCUCAAGCCUGUAAUCCCAGCACUUUGGGAGGCUGAGGCGGGUGGAUCACCUGAGGUCAGGAGUUCGAGACCAGCCU